AAUUAGUUACUUUUACUGCUGAUAAUCACGUGGAUGUUAUGACGUUGAUCAUCUAUAAGUAUAGCCCCCACUUCGUUUUGUUUUAAUGAAAAUCUCCCACAACCUGAUUCAAACGACAAUAUCAAUUUAGGACUCAAUGUAUGCUCUUACUUAUUAUUGAAUUUAAUAAAUAAAUUAUAAUCCAGCAACGCCCAUUUUGUAGUAAUGUCACAGCACACAAUUGUUGCAAAGUUAAACAAUAUGAUUGUAGGUACUACAAAUAGAUUUCUGAUCUUUUAAUGAUAUUUUUUAUUACAUUCCAACAUCAAGAAUAAUUAAUUUCACGGUCUUCAUAAAACCAGCAGCUAUUCAACAGUGUAACUGAUACGAUUGUUUUACUUUUCGUCGUUGGUGAGUUCACGGAAUUCCUAUAAAUCCAUCCAGAUUUCUGGUUGGCGACUCGAAGAAACGACAUCGAUAUUAUCAUUAUGGCCACUAAAGUAGCAGAUUUACUGAAAAGUGAAAACAUCUACUCUCAGGAUACACCAGAUAUUGAGGAACUUUUACGUUUGAAUCCUAAGGUGAAAAAUACUGGAAAUUCUAUAGGAGCCAAAGUGAAGCCUACUGUUUAUACUAAAUCUGACCGACGUCAUUAUAAACGUAACUCUACAUUUUGUGAUGACACUGGUUGUAGUGGAGUAAAGUGCGGUAGCAGAUGCAAAUCAAAUGGCCUCCUAAAUAACUGGGAUGAUGUAAAACCGACAACUUUAAGUGAAAGGGCUGCACUAAGAGAAGCAGCUAGAUGUUUGAAAUGUGCUCAUGCGCCAUGUCAACUAUCUUGUCCCACUAGCAUUGACAUUAAAUCGUUUAUAACUAGUAUAUCUAAUAAGAAUUUUUACGGCGCAGCUAAAAUGAUUCUGUCGGAUAAUCCUGUGGGGUUAUCUUGUGGUAUGGUUUGUCCAACUGGAGAGCUAUGUGCUGGAUCAUGCAAUUUGGAGGCUACUGAAGAAGGUGCUAUAAAUAUUGGAGGGUUGCAACAGUUUUGUGUAGAGGCCUUUCGUCAAAUGGAUGUACCUCCAACUGUGGAUCAUAAUAUUAAACUUGUCAAAGAUUCAAAAUUUGCGAAAAUUGGUUUAUUAGGUGCAGGACCAGCCAGUAUUGUGUGUGCUACAUACUUGGCUCGUUUAGGCUACACGAAUAUAACAAUAUUCGAGAGCCGAGCUUAUGCAGGAGGUCUCAGUACAACUGAAAUACCACAGUAUAGAUUACCAUUCCAAGCCGUACAAUGGGAAAUAGAUCAGCUACUUAAAUUAAAAGAACCUAGCAGUGGCAAAGCAAGAGUACAAAUUGAAUACUAUCGAAAACUUUCUAAAAAUGAUUUAACUCUAGAGAAAAUGCUUAAAGAGAUUGGCUUUGAAGUGAUUUUUGUGGGCAUUGGUCUGCCCGUAGCGAACGUGCCUAAAUCUUUUAUAGGAAGUCAUGUUGGUAUUGGACCAAAAGAAGGUUUCUAUACGUCAAAGGCAUUAUUGAAUAUCGUAACAGCAUUUAGUAAACGUUUUGAACAUAAGGAUAACAGUAAAUAUAAUGGGAAUGAUUGUGACGAUACUAAUAUUAUUUUACCAAAAAUGAUUGGUAAAAGGGUGUUGGUAUUGGGCGCUGGUGAUACGGCCAUGGAUUGUGCAACAGCUGCUUUGAGAUGUGGGGCUCGUCGCGUUUGGUUGAUAUUCCGAAGGGGAACUAGUGACGUAAGAGCUGUACCCGAAGAAGUGCAAUUAGCUGUAGCAGAAAAAUGCGAAUUUGUACCUAAUUUAUCACCAGUAGAAAUAUUAUUCAGCAAAGAAACACUAGGAAGUAAAACUUUAAAAAAAGUGUGUGGUGUCAGAUUUCGACGAACGGAUAGGUCUGAUCAAGAUGAUGAUAAAUGGAUUACAACAGAUCAAGAGUGUAUUUUAAAGGCAGAUUUUGUUGUAUCUGCCUUCGGGUCGCGGUUAACCGGUGACGGAAAAGAAAAGGACGAUUUGAUUGAAGCUCUGCAGCCAAUUGUUCAAAUUGAUUCACAGACGGGAUGUAUUCUAACUUGUGAUGAGACAACAAGAUGUAUUAAAAAAAUUAAUAAUAUUGAUCAAAGUGAUGCACCACCAGUUUGGUGUGGUGGUGACGCAGCCGGUCGAUCUGAAACGACUGUAGAAUCGGCAAACGAUGGAAAAACUGCUGCUUAUUAUAUGCAUCAAUAUCUUCAAAAACUUUAUGCAACUAAAAAUAAUAUAAAAAUCAAUCCCGAAGAUAUUAGUUGUUCAUUACCCGGGUUUAGAACUGCCAUUGAUGACGUUGAUAUAAGUGUAGAAAUGUGUGGACUUCGAUUUGAAAAUCCUUUUGGUUUGGCAUCUGCACCACCUACAACUAGUGCUGCAAUGAUACGAAGAGCUUUCGAAGCAGGGUGGGGAUUCGCUGUUACAAAAACAUUUGGUUUAGAAAAGGAUAUUGUUACAAAUGUUUCUCCUCGUAUAAUUAGCUCAUCAUCAAUGGCCAAUAGCUCUGGAGGUUAUGGACCUGAACAAAACGCUUUCCUUAACAUCGAACUGAUAUCAGAAAAAACUACUGACUAUUGGCUACAUUCAAUUCGUGAGCUAAAACGAGACUUUCCUCAAAAGAUACUAGUUGCAAGUAUCAUGUGUGCUUUCAUCGAACAAGAUUGGACAGAUUUGUCGAGGAAAGCCUGCGAAGCUGGUGCUGAUGCAUUAGAGUUGAACUUGAGCUGUCCGCAUGGUAUGGGAGAGGCGGGUAUGGGUCUUGCUUGUGGUCAGGAUCCAGAUUUAGUUGAAAACAUUGCCCGAUGGGUAAAAAAGGUUGCUCAACAGUAUAAAAAUGAUAAUGGACAAGGAACUGCUAAACGAGCUAUUCCUGUAUUUGUGAAAUUGACACCUAACAUUACUGACGUAGUGCAAAUAGCCAAAGCUGCUAAACGUGGUGGAGCUGAUGGUGUGACAGCAGUCAACACUGUGUCUGCUUUGAUGUCUUUAGACUCUAGAGGUCUACCUUGGCCAAGAGUAGGCCAGAAAAAUAUCAAUGAAUCUUCUGUGAACACCAAAACUCUAAAUUUCAAGACUACUUACGGUGGUAUGUCCGGAAACGCCUGUCGGCCGAUCGGACUCAGAGCUGUUUCAGCUAUAUCUAAAGUUUUAGGACCAGAACCAGAAGGACUAGCUAUAAUGGCCACUGGUGGCGUAGAUAGUGCCGAAGCCGCUCUGCAGUAUAUACGUUGUGGAGCUGCCGUCGUGCAAGUAUGCAGUGCUGUUCAAAACCAAGAUUUUACAUUAAUUCAAGAUUAUUGCACUGGACUAAAAACAUUAUUGUAUCUUCAAGCUAACCCACCAUCAUCAAAUGUAGGCGAAUGGGUAGGUCAAUCUCCUCCAAUCCCUAUAUCAUUACAAAAAGGAAAACCAAUUGUGCCUGAAACAUCCAUAAAAAAAAAUGAGUUGAAAAAACUAUUGUUGGAAUUGCCUGAAGAUGAUCUCGAAGAAUUUAAUAAAACCAUAAUUGAAGACAGUAAAGAUGAUGAUGAAGCUAUAUCUCUUCCACAUUUCGGACCAUAUUUGAAAGCUAGACGAUUACUCCAUGCCAUUAAUAAUAAAAAAUCUGAAUUGAUUAAAUCUUCUUGCCAACUGGAUGUCAAAAAGUCAGAAAAGUAUAAUGAAUAUGUAGUUCCACCUACCGUGAAAAGUCUCAUAGGACACAGUAUACCUGCAAUUGGACCUUAUAACGAUUUAGACAAUGCCGCACAAACUGUUGCUCUCAUUAAUGAGGAUUCUUGUAUAAACUGUGGUAAGUGCUAUAUGGCAUGCAAUGAUUCUGGAUAUCAAGCUAUUGAAAUGAAUCCUCGAACUCACGUUGUUCGUGUUCACCCUGAUGAUUGUACAGGAUGCACGUUAUGCUAUUCUGUUUGUCCUAUACCAGGUUGUAUCAGUAUGGUGCCGAAAACUGUACCUCACAUUUUGAAGCGAGGUACCCGCUGUGAAUUAUUACCCACUUAUGGAUUUAAGCCGUCCUCAAAUCCGUCAACUCAGUCCAUAAGAUCAGCAGUUCAAUAAGUACAAGUUCAACCGCUUACAUGUUGCAGAGCAAAGCUCAACGGUUUAAUAUGAACAGUUUUGUUAUGUACCCUUAUCGUGUUUUAUUUCUUUAGUGUAUUUACAGAUGUUUAAGAUUACAGUUUUCUGAAGCAUGUUGCUUAAAAAGUAUGUGUAAAGGUUACACAAUUAUUAUUUUAACUGCUGCACAAAUUCCAAUCCUUUACUUUUGGUUUUUUCUUUAUGAAUAUUCGUUAUGUCGCCAAGACUCGUCGUAUACGCAAUAAUAUGCUAAUUAAAUGUAUAACGUAAUCAUAUUAUUAUAAAAUUUUAUUAAGAUAAUUAUGCAUAUUAGUGAUAAGUAAAUGUACAUCAUAUAAUAUUUUAACAGAACAAAAUAAAUUAAAUUAAUUGAAUUUUGAAUAAAAAAGGACUGUUGAAGUUUCUAUCUUAAUUUUAUGUAAAAUUUACUAGCAUUUGUUAACGGUGGGUUGGGAUAAUUAUUAUUUAUAGUUGACUACUAUUGAUCUUAGACGAUUACAUAAAUCAAAAUAUAAUGGAAAAACGCCAAAGUUGUGAAAUAUAAUAGAAUUAUUUUAUAACUUAUGUUGUCCGCUGCAUAAUGCG